AUGCCGGAGCUGCUGCGCUUCGCGCUGCCGGCCCUGGGCAUCAGUCUGGCCGGACCCAUUUUGAGCAACAUCGACAACGCCUUCGUGGGCCGACUCUGUGGGCCCGCGCAGCUGGCAGCCCUCAGCCCGGGCUCCGUGGUGGCCGACUACAUCUUGUACUUGGUGGUGUUUCUGCCUCGGGCCACCGUGGGCUUGGUUUCCCGCGCGGCUGCGAAGAGCGUAAAGGCUGCUCAGGCCGAGCUGGUCCGGGCUCUGAGUGUGGCGAUGCCGCUGGGGGUCGCACUGUCCUUGGUGUACAUCACCUGCACGGAGCCCUUGCUGCGGUUGCUGAGAGUAUCCCCAGAGCUGCUUCCCUAUGCCGCUGUCUACGCGAGGAUUCGCGGUGCCAUGACCUGGGCGACGCUGGCCCAGAGCGUGUGCCUUUCGGCGCUGCUGGCGAACAAAGACUCGGUGACCCCGCUGAAGGUGGUUGCCAUUGAAGCCCUCGCAAACAUUUGCGGCGACUUCCUGCUAUGCGCCUGGCCGUGCCACUUGGGUGUGGCCGGCGCCGCUCUGGCGACCUCCUUCGCCACAUGGCUCAGCUUCGUGCUCAUGCUGCGGGCGCUGCGCAAGACGGAGCUGCUUCCCAAGAAAUGGAUUCGACUUCCUGAGUCCGCCGCGUACUUGGCGCCGCUCUUGGAGUAUGCAGGGCCUUUGCUGCUGGUUCUCCUCUCCCGGUUCCUCACGCUUUCGGCAAUGGCGCUCUACGCGGCUUCCCUGGGCACCACGGCGCUGGCCGCCUAUCAGGUUCUCAUCAACCUCUACACGCUCUUCGGGCUUUUCGGAGAGCCUCUGAGCCAAGCGGCGCAAGCCAUGCUGCCGCCUUUGCUGGAGAAGAAGGACGUGAGGGGCGCACGACGAGCAAUGCGGAGUUUGCUGCUGCUGGGCCUCCUCUUCGGCCUGGGCGCCGGCAGCCUGGCGGCCAUGGGGGCGCUGAGCGGCGGCCUCUUCUCGGCCGACCCUGAAGUCCUUCAGAUGCUGAAGAGUUUGGCUCCGGUGUUGCUGUUGACCGUCACCGCCUUGGUCUUUGAAUACCCGGUGGAUGGCGCGAUGCUGGCAACCAAGAACUUCAAGACACUGGUAGCACUGGACGUGGCUGGGGUCAUGGUGCAGCUGCCGGUUAUGCACGCUAUCGCCCACAACCUCAAGGGCCAGCCUGGGGCGUUGUCUUGGUUGAUGCUCACAAUGUACUUCCGUCUAGCCAUGCUCUCCGUCUUCUGCUUGGCCCGACUUUGGCCCUCCUUGCUGAGUCGCAAGCUUGAAGUAGAGAAAGCGGCGGAGUGA